AUGGCUACGACAUUGACUGAUCAAAAACGCCCUCAAUUACAGCCUGUCUGUCAGAAUUGUGGCACCUCCACCACGCCCCUUUGGCGCAGGGACGAGCUUGGCUCCGUCCUCUGCAAUGCCUGCGGCCUCUUCCUCAAGCUGCAUGGCCGUCCACGGCCGAUCAGCCUCAAGACCGAUGUCAUCAAGAGUCGCAACCGGGUAAAAACUGCCGGACAGGGCCCUAAGCGCAAGUCCGCCAGUAAUCUGGACACGAACGGCCUGUCGGCCUCAAGAUCAGAGGCAGGCACGCCCCCUCUCGGCUCUCAGGGUUAUCGUCGUGCAUCCCGAAAGACAUCCCCCGGCCAUUCGGACCGCUCCAACUCCCCGAUCUCCCGCACCAAUACCCCGGGCGUGCCGUCUCUGCAGCAACAACACAAUUCCAACAUUGCUCCUCAACACAUGUUCGACAGCGUCACGCUCACUGAUCACAACUUCAACAACUCCAACACCCUUCCGGCUCUGCAGAUCAGGCAACCGUCGCCGGGCUCGACCUCCUCGGUCGUGGACCGUCAUCUCGACGUGCCUCAGACCUAUGAAGGCCUGCUGGCGGCGAACACGUCUCUCAAGACCCGGGUCAGCGAGCUUGAAGUGAUCAACGAGUUGUUCCGGGGUCGCGUCGCCGAGCUCGAGCAGAGCGAUGCAACCGCCCGGCGGUCCGAAAUGAUCGUCCGCGAUUCCGAGGUGCGCCUGCGGCGGUCGCUGGAGGAAGCUCACCGGCGCGAAGAGGAACUCAAGCGUCGUAUCAGUGAACUCGAGCAGCAGCUGGCGGAACGUACCGGCUCCAAUUCCAACUCCAAUUCCACACAAAACGGGAAUGGCAACGGUUCCAGCGAGCCUUUGCCAAAGAAGAUCCGCUUAUCCGACGUGGUGGAUUACUCUGCCGAAGACCCCGCCAAGUCUCCCAAGACAGUGUGA